GCGGCCCCGCCGCGCUUCCCGCGCGGGACGGGGAAGUGACGCGCCGGCCGGGCGCCUGCCCCGGAAGUGCGGGCGCUGGGCCAUGUAGGGCCGUUACCGGAGGGGGACGGCGCCGAGCGGCCAUGGAGGGUGCCGACGACAGUGGCGCCGCGGCCCCCCCCCCUGCCGAACCUCACCCCCCGGCACCGGCAGCUCAUCCCCACGCCCUGCGGCCCCUGGGGGGCAGGUAACGCAAGCAGAGCCCCCCCCCCCGCACACGGGGAUCACGGCGGAGGCCACCACUGAGCAGGGCAGCCCAGAGCUGUGCCACCCUCCAGUCCGGCCUCCCAAGGCUUUUUCCCUCCUGCCAACAUCCCAGGAAGUGUUCUGAAGUCUCGAGGCGGGGCGCUGGGAAGAAGUUACUUGCUGAACGUCGCUAUGUUUUGCUAGGCGUGUACAUGGGCAUUGGCAAUCGUGCUAUCGGGAGAUGAAAUUGGAACAUCGUAGCCCUUGUGAGGCACUGAGCAAAGUAGAAGGCAGUCUGUAGGUAUACUCCAGAAAAUCUAGGCUGAGAAUUACAAAAUAAAGUCCGACUUCUCUCUUCCUCAGCGGUUUUGGAGUUGCAGUUCAAUUGUAGCGAGCUUCUCUUCCUUUUUCCAAGGAAAACCCCACGCUUGCACCAUUUAGCCAAUGUGCUUUAACAUGGGUCUUAGGGACAGCAACUAGUUUAUUCUGCAUUACGUGUUUAAAAAUUUUCUUCCUUUACAGAUAAAACCUUGUUCAGAGCUAUCAUUUCCCGUGAAGAUCUACUUCUGUGUCACUAUUUUGUCUCUGCUAAGUGUAAUAGGGCUAACCAUAGAGACACUUGUUCGACAAACUGAGGAAGAUUUCACCAUUUCUCUUAUUCAGUUAAUUGGAGUUGUGUUCUGUGUGUACUAUGUGACUAGAGGAAUCCUGCAGGAGAAUCGCCAGGAGCUCAUCGUCUUUGUUCUUUCCAUCUUGCUAGUGAUGUUCCGUUCCAUUGUCAACUUCACAGUUCUCUCUGCUGAACAAAAGCCGAAACUCCUGGCCCGGUUCAUUCUGAUCCUCUUGGUUGGCUCCUUUGAUGUGAUCUGUGCCAUCAUCCUCAUUCAGAGUCAAAGCAUGAUGGCCUUUCGAGUAGGUGGUGCUCUAGAAAGCCUGCAGUCACAAUACUUCAUGCUGAACCUCUGUUUUUCCAUGUUGACCUUUGAUCUUCAGGCACAGCUCUGCUUGUGUGUUCUGCUGAUAAGCCUGCACGAGAUCACCCUUCUCCAUAACAUCAUCUCAGCAACAGGGGUUCUUUGGGCCUGCCUGAAGGUGACCAUUAGCAUCAUCGCAAUUUUAAAAGAACUGAAACCUCUAGUGUGGAUUUUUCUGAGUCAGAAUGUACCUGAAGUAGUUUAUCUCAUCUACCUGCUUUACACGGUGAUAAGGGAGUGGGGCAAAGGGAAUUCUUACACUCUGGAAGCUGCUUUCAUUACCGGCUCUUGCAUUUCUGUUGCAAUAAAAUCUGUUUUGUUUUGGGCACUGAUUCAUGUCUACCGCAGCUUUGGGCAGGGGCUGAGAGAAAGAAUGUUUUCUUCCUAUGGAAGGAUCGACUCUUGAGCAUCCCCCUUGUGUUGUAUCUGCAGCUCUUACAGAGUGAAACCAUAGCCAGGGAAGUUCUGAUCAAGUACUUGCAUUCAGGAUGUAAGAUCACGAGUCAGUUUUGCAAAGGUAGAGGAAGUUGCUCAGAAAAAUGUCUACACAUUUCUUGGUUCGUAUCGUGCUAGGGAACGAUCGCAGUGCAGCUGGUAACUUAGUUUAACAAGCAAAGUGUGCUCGGGAACUGAACAGUAAUCCUCUCAAUUCAGUGAGUUUUGCUGACAGGACAACACAUCUUUCACUCCUUGUUUUCCUGAUGUUGCUUUGUAACUGCAGGAGGUUCACAACAUGCAUGUGAGUAGAAAAUGUUGUUAAUAUAAACACCGUUUUUCUGUAUAUUCACAAACAUAAUGAAAAUAAUUUGCACACCCAUCUGAUAUACCUGAGUCUAGAAGAGGAUUGCUCUACCAUCGUUUCUCAACUGAGAUCUGUUGUUGAACAGAGGGCAAGCCCCGACAUUUUUAUGACAGCUGUAUUGCCUGAUCUCCACUAUGGCUGUAUGAUGGCUUAACCCCAACAGAAUGGCUAGGGUUCUUGGUCCUCCUCUGCCUUCAGAAUAUUUCAGUUUUUAAUUUUUUUUUUAAAAUCCCAGCUACACAUGCAAACUGCACGAUGUAAUUUCAUGCCUUCCUAUAGUGUAUCUAACCCGUGUGCCAUUUCAUACACCAGGGUGACUGUUAAAAUAAGCCUUUAAUAUUGUAAUUUAAAAGUUUGGUACUAUAUUGAUUGGAUCCUUUUAGCUACUGGCUGCCUAUUUUUUAAUAAAGUGUAAACACAG